GCGGCGUGGCCUGACGGCGGCGGGAGUCUGUGGUCGCUCUCUCGGCCGUGGCCCACGCGGCUGGCUCGCUCUGCGGGGCAACAUGGCGGACACGGAAGUAUUUAUUUUGCCGAAAAAGCAUAAGAAGAAAAAGGAGCGGAAGUCGUUACCAGAAGAAGAUGUAGCAGAAAUACAGCAUGCUGAAGAAUUUCUUAUCAAACCUGAAUCCAAAGUGGCUCAAUUGGACACAUCUCAGUGGCCCCUGUUGCUAAAGAAUUUUGAUAAGCUAAAUGUAAGGACAACACAUUAUACACCCCUUCCUUGUGGUUCAAAUCCUCUGAAGAGGGAGAUUGGGGACUACAUCAGGACAGGUUUCAUUAAUCUUGACAAGCCCUCCAACCCCUCUUCCCAUGAGGUGGUAGCAUGGAUCCGACGAAUACUUCGAGUGGAGAAGACAGGACACAGUGGUACUCUGGAUCCCAAGGUGACAGGCUGUUUAAUCGUGUGCAUAGAACGAGCCACACGCUUGGUGAAAUCACAACAGAGUGCAGGCAAAGAGUAUGUGGGAAUUGUCCGGCUGCACAAUGCUAUUGAAGGGGGGACUCAACUUUCUAGGGCCCUAGAAACUCUGACUGGUGCCUUAUUCCAGCGCCCCCCACUUAUUGCUGCAGUAAAGAGGCAGCUCCGAGUGCGGACCAUCUACGAGAGCAAAAUGAUUGAGUAUGACCCUGAAAGAAGAUUAGGAAUCUUUUGGGUGAGUUGUGAGGCCGGCACCUACAUUCGGACGCUGUGUGUGCACCUUGGUUUGUUAUUGGGAGUUGGCGGUCAGAUGCAGGAACUUCGGAGGGUUCGUUCUGGAGUCAUGAGCGAAAAGGACCACAUGGUGACGAUGCAUGAUGUGCUUGAUGCCCAGUGGCUAUACGACAACCACAAGGAUGAGAGUUACCUGCGGAGAGUCAUUUACCCUUUGGAGAAGCUGUUGACAUCUCAUAAGCGGCUGGUUAUGAAAGACAGUGCAGUGAAUGCAAUCUGCUAUGGGGCGAAGAUCAUGCUUCCAGGUGUUCUCCGAUAUGAGGAUGGCAUUGAAGUCAAUCAGGAGAUCGUGGUCAUCACCACCAAAGGGGAAGCAAUCUGCAUGGCUAUUGCAUUAAUGACCACAGCCGUGAUUUCUACCUGCGACCAUGGUAUAGUAGCCAAGAUCAAGAGAGUGAUCAUGGAGAGAGACACUUACCCUAGGAAGUGGGGUUUAGGUCCAAAGGCGAGUCAGAAAAGGCUCAUGAUCAAGCAGGGCCUUCUCGACAAGCACGGCAAGCCCACAGAGAGCACGCCUGUUGCCUGGAUGCAGGAGUAUGUUGACUACAGUGAUUCUGCAAAGACAGAGGUGGUGGCCAAAGCAGUAAAAGCCCCACAGGCAGUUGCCGAAUCCAUAAAAGCCCCACAGGUAGUUGCUGAGGUGGUAAAAACCCCAAAGGUAGUUGCCGAAGCAGUGAAAGCCCCAAAGCGGAAGCGAGAGAGUGAAAGUGAUGAGACCUCUCCAGUGGCUCCACAGUUGAUCAAGAAGGAAAAGAAGAAGAAGAAGGACAAGAAGGCCAAAGCUGCUCUCGAGAGUGCAGGCGAGCCGGGAGACGGGGACAGUGACACCACCAAAAAGAAGAAGAAGAAGAAGAAAAUAAAAGUGGAAAUGGUUUCUGAGUAGUGGAGACUACUUUAAGCACUGUGUCCAGCUGGGAGGAGAAAUUAAAGCCUUACUGAGAAAACAUAGUUCCUUUUGUUCUUGAGGGAAUGGAACAUAGGUCCCAGAAAGGGUGGAGAGUUCCAGCACAUCUUAGCUGCUGAGACCUCGGUGACGUUACCUGGUGUGGUCAUCCCAUCUUGUCCUGUUUUAAGGAUAUGGGUGAAGGAGGCAGGUUUGAUGCCACCCACUUCUCUAUUUGGGAGAUUUGGGAAGCCUGACCUUUAGACCCAGCACUACCAAGUAACCAUCAGCAACUGUUCCCUGGUGGCCAUUUUGACAUCAUAGUCCUCUCCUAGGUUGGUCCCCCCCCCCAUUUAAAAAGUUUGUACAAGUUAAAUGUGCUCAGUGGACUGGUGUACAGCAAGUAAAAAUAUAACAGAAUCAUCUUCACAAUGUCCUGUGAGGACAGUGGUCUAUUCUGGUGUCAGAGCCACCUCUGUCACCACAUAUUUCCCUUCUGGAUCUAGGCCUGGCAAGGACUCACGGUGUUCCAUCUUGUCACCUACUUGCAGUCCUCUGACCCAGCAGUCCAUUGUGCACUUCUUCAAGCACCUAAAUCCAUCUGGCUACUUGUGUUUGUGACAGAAGCCAAAAAGCUGUCCCUGUGUUCUCUUAUUCUAACCCUCAUUUUCUUUCAAAGGAUGCAAUAUUCAUUGCUAGGAGCAGAAGGUUGUAAUUUUUACUUAUUAAAGUUUACUUAAGUUUUUUGAGUA